AUGCCUCAGGGGGAUAUGACAGAAAGAAACUUUUCUUAUUCUUCCAAGCCUACCAUCUUAUUCAUUGCCACUUUUUUUAUCCGAACUUUUUCCCAGACUCCACCACCUUCACCUGAUGGUCCCUCAGGAAGCUGUGUGUUAAAUUUCACAUCCUACCCGUUCCAACCGACUGGGGAGUGCAUCAGUCAUGUGGGACAGAGAAUCAACAUGUGGGGCAGCUACCCUACAAACCUGUGCUGUCGAAAUGUCCUCCCCGUCAUGUCCCAAGCCUUAGCCAUUCAUGCAAUUAAGACACAGGGGCAGGGCAGUGUCUUUCUUGCACAAGAGGAAUGGCAGAACUGCAACGGCUCUUUACAUAUGCGGCAGAAUUUGUCUUCGCAACAGUGUGGCUUUGAUGACCUUAACAGUGGAAGUAGCCGCUGCUCCCGCACAACUCUUUCAGGCCUUAGGCAAGACCAGCGCUUCCUAGACGCACUAAGCAACUGCUCUCAAUUUGGCAAUGCAUUUGAUAAUGUUUGCAGAAAAUGCACCGGCGCAUUCUCAGCUCUGAGGGAGCAUUUAUUGAGAAAGUAUGACGUGAAGGACGUGAACAAAACUGAAACAGCCAUAUGUGGUGUAGCAGCUAUGAUUUCUAUUGCAGCAGCAAAUAUGAAUGGUUCCUUUUCGGUCGAUAUUGACUACAUUCGGUGUUUGUCUAUGUUAGACACGUUUGAACCAGGUUACAUCAAACUCAAGUAUUCUUUGGUAGAAGCGAUAGUUUCAAUCUUAAUAGCCAUCGCUGCAGUGAUGCUGAUCAUCCUGCUGAUUAAAUAUGUGGGCAAGAAGAAGCCUAAAAAACCGGUUCAAUCAGGACCAAUUACUACAUGGUCUGGCCUGUAUAGAUUCUCCAAGGCUGAGAUUGAGAAUGCCAUAAAUUUUGAGAGAAAGGACCUCGGAAGAGGAAGUGCUGGUCAAGUUUAUAAAGGUGUUCUUCCUAGUGGACAAGUCGUGGCCAUUAAGCACAUAAACAAGAGCAGUACUUCUGAUUCUUUUACACGAGAAGUUGAAGGUCUUUCAAGGAUUCGACAUCCAAAUUUGGUUUGCCUCUUUGGUUGCUGCGUUGAAGAUGGCGAGCAAUUUCUCGUGUACGAGUAUUGUGCAGCAGGGAAUCUAGCUCAACACCUCCUAAGAAAUGAUCCUGUCUUAACAUGGGAAAGAAGAGUUAAGAUUCUAAGAGAUUGUGCGCUUGCUUUGAGGUAUCUCCACCACUAUAUAGAUGGAUGCAUUGUUCACAGAGAUAUUAAGCUUACCAACAUCCUUUUGACUGAGAACUUGGAUCCCAAGCUUUCUGAUUUUGGGUUGGCAAAGAUGUUGGGGAUGGAGGAGAGCAAAGUAUUUACAGAUGUCAGAGGAACCAUAGGCUAUAUGGAUCCAGAAUAUAUGACCAAUGCCAAGUUAACCUGCGCCAGUGAUGUCUAUAGUUUUGGUAUUGUUUCUCUGCAACUGCUAUCAGGGCAAAAAGUAUUUGAGCUGGAUCUUGAUGCUAGAGACCAACUGACAAGAAAGGCAAAGGAUAUAAGUAUGAACAAGCGCCCACCUGAGGAUCUUGAGGACCCAAGACUAAAUGGAAAUGUCAACAAGGUGGACUUUGAAUCAAUCCUACAAGUUGCAGUACUUUGUGUUGCCAAAUCAAGCAAAGGUCGCCCAACAAUCGAUCUCGUGUACGAAGAGAUGGACAAGGCUUGGAAGAACACUCUUGCUGACAUGAAGAAGGCAAAGAAAGGGAUGAGUUCAUCAGCAACACCACUGUCUAUAUCUUCGGAUGUGUUUUCAGUUUGA